GCUGGUAAACCCUGCCAACAAAAGAAAUAUUGACAUCGUAGUGGUGGGUACCGGAUUGGCCGGUGCUUCGGCCGCGGCUUCCCUGGCCGAAAUGGGCUACAAUGUAAAGGCCUUCUGCUUUCAGGAUUCUCCGCGCAGAGCGCACUCUAUUGCCGCUCAGGGCGGAAUAAAUGCCGCUAAAAAUUACCAAAACGAUGGCGACUCGGUGUACCGCCUUUUUUACGAUACCAUUAAGGGGGGCGAUUACCGUUCGCGCGAAGCCAACGUUUACCGUUUGGCCGAAGUUUCUACCAAUAUUAUAGAUCAGGCCGUGGCCCAGGGCGUGCCAUUUGCCCGCGACUAUGGCGGUUUGCUUGAUAACCGUUCGUUUGGUGGGGUGCAGGUAAGCCGUACUUUUUACGCCAAAGGGCAAACGGGCCAGCAAUUGUUGCUUGGAGCAUAUUCGGCUUUAAGCCGGCAAAUUUCUAAGGGCAAGGUGAAAAUGUACAACCGCCACGAAAUGAUGGACGUGGUAAAAAUUGACGGCAAGGCCCGUGGAAUUAUUGCCCGCAACCUGGUUACCGGUGAAAUUGAGCGCCAUGGGGCACACGCGGUGCUGCUUUGCUCGGGCGGUUAUGGCAACGUAUUUUACCUUUCAACCAACGCCAUGGGCUCCAACGGUUCAGCGGCCUGGCGCGCGCAUCGCAAGGGGGCAGCUUUUGCCAACCCGUGCUUUACACAAAUUCAUCCCACUUGCAUUCCCGUUUCCGGAGAUUACCAAAGCAAGCUUACGCUGAUGAGUGAAUCAUUGCGCAACGAUGGCCGUAUUUGGGUUCCAAAGAAGAAGGAAGACGCUGAAAAAAUAAGAAGUGGGCAAUUGAAACCCACCGAUCUCAAGGAAGAAGACCGCGACUAUUACCUGGAGAGAAGAUACCCCAGCUUCGGAAACCUGGUUCCACGGGAUGUGGCAUCGCGGGCAGCCAAAGAACGAUGCGAUGAAGGCUUUGGUGUAAACCGCACCGGGCAGGCCGUAUUUUUAGAUUUUGAAGCGGCCAUCAUGCGCUACGGUGGUACCGAAGCCAACGUAAAAGGCAUAAACAAUCCCAGCGAAAAACAAAUCAGGGAACUGGGUACAAAAGUGGUGGAGGCCAAGUAUGGCAACCUUUUCGAGAUGUACGAAAAGAUUACAGACGACAAUCCCUACCAAACCCCAAUGAUGAUUUUCCCAGCCGUGCACUACACCAUGGGCGGCAUUUGGGUAGACUACAACUUGCAAACUACCGUACCUGGCUUGUAUGCCCUGGGCGAGGCAAACUUUUCGGAUCACGGAGCAAACCGUCUCGGAGCCUCUGCCUUAAUGCAAGGAUUGGCCGAUGGUUAUUUUGUGAUUCCCUACACCGUGGGCGAUUACCUGGCCGAUGACAUCCGCACCGGGGCCAUUGAUACGAAACACCAAGCUUUUGAACAGGCCGAGAAAGAGGUGAACGAUCGCUUAACCGCUCUCAUGAAUACCGAAGGAAAGAAACAUUCGGUUGACUAUUACCACAAAAAAUUGGGUAAAAUUAUGUGGGACAAAUGCGGCAUGAGCCGGAGCGCGGAAGGCCUUAAGCAAGCCAUGAAGGAAAUUCGCGAAUUGCGAGAAGAAUUCUGGAAAAACGUUAAGGUUCCGGGUCGUCAUGACGAAAUGAACCCCGAGCUCGACAAGGCCGGUCGCGUAGCCGACUUUAUGGAACUUGGCGAGUUGAUGUGCAAAGAUGCCCUGGACCGUGAGGAAUCGGCCGGUGGUCACUUCCGUGAAGAGUAUCAAACGGAAGAAGGCGAAGCCCUGCGCAGAGAUGAAGAGUUCGCCUACGUUUCGGCUUGGGAAUACACCGGAUAUCCGGGAGAAGCCAAGCUAAACAAGGCCGGCCCCAAAGCCAAAGGUGAAUUAAAAACCUAUCAGCUUGAUGACGUAAGUACGCACAUGUCGUUUUUAGAAAUGAUGGACGUGCUCAACGAACAAUUGAUUGAGAAUGGAGAGGAGCCGGUAGCUUUUGAUCACGAUUGCCGCGAAGGCAUCUGCGGAAGCUGCAACUUAAUGAUAAACGGUCGCGCGCAUGGCCCGGAGCGUGCCACCACCGCCUGCCAAUUGCACAUGCGCAAGUUUAAGGAUGGCGAUACCAUUACCAUUGAACCCUGGCGCGCAAAAGGUUUCCCGGUUAUGAAAGACCUGGUAGUUGAUCGUUCGGCCUUUGACCGCAUCGUACAGGCGGGCGGCUAUAUUUCAGUAAAUACCUCGGGCAAUACGCUUGAUGCCAAUGCCAUUCCCAUUGAAAAGGAAAAGGCCGAUUUAUCGUUUAACGCGGCUACCUGUAUUAGUUGUGGUGCUUGCGUAGCGGCAUGCCCUAACGCCUCGGCCAUGCUAUUUGUAGGGGCGCAGGUUUCAAAGUAUGCGCUUCUACCGCAAGGUAAAGUGGAAGCGAAAGACCGUGUUUUGAACAUGGUGAAACAAAUGGAUUUGGAAGGCUUUGGCAAUUGCUCAAACGUGGGCGCUUGCGCGGAAGAAUGCCCCAAAGAAAUUUCAUUGGAAAACAUUGCCCGCAUGAAUCGCGAGUACCUGUAUGCCAGUGUGGGAAGGUAA